AUGCAGGAAUCCAUACAUUCAUUGAUGAUGAACGAUGAAAAAAUGAAGUCCGGAGAGAAAAUUGACAAAAGGCUUCUCGAAGUAAUAAAAGAGUCGAGGUACUGUGUGGUCAUCUUGUCAAAAGGAUAUGCAGAUUCUAAGUCGUGUUUGAUGGAACUGGCCACCAUGUUUGAGCACAAGAAGGAGAUCAUCCCCAUCUUUUACCAUGUCGAGCCGUCUGAUGUGCUCCAUCAAAGGGACCCUUUUGAGAUGGCAUUCAAAAACCAUCAAGUGAGUUCGAGUUCUGCAGAUGUUGACGAAUGGAGAACUGCAAUGACUAAAGUUGGUCAACUUAAAGGCUUCACUAUUAGUCACCAGGUUGAAGAAGUAAUGGAAUUGCUAAGUAUUGAGGAAGGAGGCAUUAAAAUGGUUGGGAUUUAUGGGAUGGGAGGCGUGGGCAAGACAACACUCGCAAAGGAAAUACAUAACAGACUCCAGGACAGAAAAGAUGGGCUGCGCAAAUUGCAGGACGAAUUUAUUUCUGAGGUGUUCAAAGAUGGAAGCAAAAAAAUACGCAACCCCAAUGAGGGGUCUGCGGAGAUAAAAAGGAGAUUUCUUGGCAAGAGGGUGCUUGCUGUUCUUGAUGAUGUUGACCAUGGGGAUCAACUCAAAGCAUUAGCUGGUGGCUGUGGCUGGUUUGGUGAAGGAACAAGGAUUCUCAUCACCACAAGGGAUGUGCAGCUUCUGGAUGCGCAUCGUCAUGUGGCUAAAAAGUACCAAGUCCAUGAAUUGAACAGCACAGAGUCACUUCUGUUGCAUAUCAAAGAAAAAGAGAAUUUGACGAGACUUAGAAGUUUAGACACGUCCCAUUGUGAAUGCCUAUCGGCUCCUCCUAAUUCCAUGGGAAAAUUGACAUGGCUUAAGAGGUUGAAGCUGGAAAAUUGUGAAUCUCUAUUGGCAUUGCCUGAUUCUAUUGGAAACCUGACCGAACUUGAGGAGUUAGUAUUGUUCGAAUGUACAUCCUUGUCAACACUGCCUGAUUCCAUUGAAAAUUUGACUAGACUGAAGGAUUUAAAUGUGUGCGGUUGUGAAUCUCUAUCGGCAUUGCCUGAUUCCAUUGAAAAUUUGACUAGGCUGAGGAUGUUAAAUCCUGCUGGUUGUAAAUCUCUAUUGGCAUUGCCUGAUUCCUUUGGGAAUUUGACAGGACUGAGGAGGUUAGAUGUGCUUGUUUGUGAAUCUUUAUCGACAUUGCCCUAUUCAAUCGAAAGGUUGUCUUUACUCGAGGAGUUACAAAUAGGCUCAUGCACAUCCCUAUCAACAUUGCCCCAUUCCAUUGGGAAUUUGACAGGACUCAAGAAGUUACACGUCUACGUAUGUGGAUGUCUAUCAGCUCUUCCCAAUUCCUUGGGUAGGUUGACGGCACUUCAGGAGGUAAUACUUACCAAAUGUCGAUCUCUGUCAAUGUUGCCUGAUCCCAUCGAAAACUUGAUAGGACUUAAGAGCUUGCACCUAUCCAACUGUACAUCUCUAAAGGCAUUGCCCGAUCUCGUUGGAAACCUGAGCGAACUUGAGGAGUUAGUGUUGCGCAAAUGUACAUCCCUGCCAACACUGCCAGAAUCCAUUGGGAAUUUGACCGGACUCUGUAUAGAUCAAUGCAAGUUCUGUAUAGAUUGGCAUGUAAAAGGAACCCUAAUUUCGAGUAUUUUCCCAUUUCCUGAUCAUCCAAUAGCAUGGCACUUGAUGUGA